AUGCCAGACGCAUCACCAUCAAAUGAACCAAACGAUUCUGGGCCAGAUGCGGCAGCACAAGCGCAAAACCCAAUCACAAGUGCGCUCGCUCAGCGCGCCAGAGCCGACGCCGAGCUCAAGAAGGUCAUGGAAACGGUCGCGCAAGGAAAAGGUACAGCGGAAGUAGCCAGCGCGCUCAAACGAUUAGCAAAAGAGGUCAUUGGCGUCAUUGACAAAGAAGCAAGAGAAAGCGAUCUGAGAGAUUGCGAGGCCGCAAUCAGAGAGCGCGAGAACGCAGUCAGAGAACGCGAGACUGCAGCCAGAGAGCGGGAGACCGCAGCUGGAGAGCGUGAGAGUACCGCCGCGGACCGCCAGAGUACCGGCACCGGUUCGUCUCACCGCGUGGACAGACCAGUGAGACCACGGGGUGGUAGUGAGCGUUUUCCGGACCGGCGCACGGAACGCCGCCGCGGAAGGGACCUGGAGGAGAGGUUGUGGGACAUCGGCGAAACAGCAGCAGCUCUUGCUAUUCAAGCGAGAAGGCUUUGGGGAAAUCUGAGGCAUGUUGACGGACGGGAAUGGGAGCGGCGUUUAGAGAUCAUGGAGCACAACGCUCAUCUUCUCCUCGAGGAAACCAGCCACGCAAGGGAUGCGCUGAGGGGAUGGUAG